GUGUUAACAUGUCGAACGAUGAGUGGACAAUGGAAGACAUUGGGUUGGAGGGGAAUGGAGCACAGGAGCAGAACUUGUGGGUAGACUUGCGUAAUACCUACCAUUCCAGGAGCAGCCCAACCAACCGCCAUUCAGCUCAGCCUUCUCCCCAAAACCCAUUACUUGCAAGGAAGGAAUAAUCGAUUCCGACACAUCUUCAUCCCCUUCUCUAACAAUCCGUAUAAACGCAUUUGGGCAUCCAAAAACUUCUGCAAAAAGGUACCAUGGAUGUGAAAGUUGGGCUCUUAGUUCUUUUAGUUUUCAGUGCUAGCCGUGCCUGUGAUGCUAGAGAAUUAAUGAGUGUCGGUCAAUCUGGUAGAGAAACUGUGACAUUCGAUGUUUCAGUUUUGCAGAUAAAUCAGCUGGAGUCAGAAGGGGGACUAAAGGUUUCAGAAGAACUUGCCCAGGAUUCACAUUUCUGCACUUUGUGUGAAGAGUUUGUUGCUGAGGCACUUGAGUACCUUGAGGAAGACAAGACUCAGACGGAGAUCAUUGAAAUGCUUCACAGUACAUGCUCUCAGUUGCGCUCUUUAGAGCAGCAGUGCAUUACUUUGGUGGACUACUAUGUUACCCUGUUCUUCGAUCAGGUUGGAUCGGUGGAACCUGGAGAUUUCUGUCAAAAGGUCAAUCUUUGUGAACAAGCGGUAAUGACUUCCCGGCCACAAUCUGAAGAUAAGUGCGAAAUUUGCCAUCAUGCUGUUGCAGAAAUUCUGCUAAAGUUGAAAGAUCCGGACACACAGUUGGAGAUAAUUGAGAUACUUUUGAAGGCAUGUAAUGCUAUGGAAGGCCAUGUGAAGAAGUGUAAGAGGCUGGUUUUUGAGUAUGGACCAUUGAUCCUUUCCAACGCAGAGCAAUUUCUUGAAAACACAGACAUGUGCAAUGCAAUCCAUGCCUGUGAUUCGCCUUCUGCAAACAACAAUCAAGCAACCCUGAUAGAGAAAGCACCCAUGCUUUCUGUAAUGUAAGGAAGAAAAAGAGACCAGAUUAAAGAUGUGGUAAUGUAUAUAAUGAAGGUGUCAUAAUGUACAUUGCUUCUUCUUUUCUUUUUUUGGGGAGGGGGGGUCAAUUGGAAACUACUUUGUUUUAUUUAUAUUUGAAGAUUGUAAACUGGCAUCUAUUGAUACUCAAAAGCUUUUUACUUGUGUUUAGCACAGACAUGAAUAUAUUCAUUUUCCAAGGAAGUGAAGUUGACAUUUUGAA